AUGGGGGAUUUGUCUAGUUUUCAUAAGUAUGGGGGGCUUUCUUCUUCCCUGAUCGUUCUCUUUCAAAUUCAACUUCAUGCUUCUCUACUAUCGAUCUACCUUUCCGGCUUUCCCUCUCUGAGAUUUAACUUUCUGAGCCAUGACAGGGCACAGUUGAUCUUCUUAGGACUACCGAUUCUCUUGUUAUGUUCUGAUCUCUUCAAUCUCUUCAUUCCACCACCGCCGAAAACUCAGAACCACCCACCACCGUCUAUCUCCCACCCGCAGCGUCCGGCGGCGAUUGUCUCAGAAACCCUAGAUUUCGCUUCACAGCAGUCAAAUGUUGCCGGAGGAAUUGGACAUGGAAAUGCCGUAGAGAUCAACUUCUGCGUCUCCUGCUCUUACAAAUUAAUGCUACAAGGGAACUGCAGUAACCAUGAAGAAGAUGUUAGAGACGGCUUUUCCGGGAUUGAUGUAAUCCUCGCUAACUAUCCGCCACCAGCACCGAAACUUCUUGCAACUUGUGCUGCUAUUGUGCCAAAUGGAUCAGUUUCAGUAAUAGUAAAGCUAAACCAGUCUAAUGUCUGGUCUUCUCAGGUGUUUUCGAAAUUGAAAGAA